GACCGCCUGUUAUAAUGGGACUAGCGUGUGGCCCGUGCGGAUUUCACAUCUGCUGAGAGGAUACGGUAGUACACAAACUCUCAAGCCAACUCGGCUGGGUAUGUCCAUCCACCUUUCCUGCUUCGAUCGAGAUAGCCUUGCCCGUUCUUGGUGGACGGUUUGUCUGCCCACCCGCUUGUGGUCUGUUCCCUCCAUCCACCACCACCACUACCAUCAGGUCACCCCCCCCUCUUUGGCGCUCCGCCACCCAAGAUCACACAAGAGAAACAUGAUCAAUCCCGCUUGGAGGCGACCGGUUGGCCAACAUCUCAUUCACCUGGUUAAACUUUCGCUCUCUCGCGUUACUCGCGCCUCAUCUACAAUGUACCUAGUAGGGAACAGGCCAUGGUACCCUCGCAAAUGCCCCCAACCACGCGUGGCGGCGCCUUCCGCGACGAACGCGUGCUGCGAGACUAUCAUCGCGUCCACAACCUCCGCCAUCUAGCCACCACCUUACCAAGACUUAGAGUUCGGAUACCUUCACUCCGCACCACACCCGACGUCGAUAAGACCACGCCGUCCCGGCGUGGUUCUAGCGGCUAUCCGAAUGACGAGACGAGUCAUUGGGCGCAAGGGCCCAAACUGAAUGCGCCGAGAGCAAACAAGAAGAGAGAGUACCCAAGGACCCUGCCAGCCUAGUCGGCGCUUGGCUUCACGAUC